AUGGGUGACGAUAACCAUAUGGCUUUGAGAGAUCAUUAUCUCCCUACCACAUACACUUCUCCCACAUGUCUCAAGCUGCCAGAUGUGACGGCAGCCCACUAUGAGAUUAAGCCUAGGACUAUACAGAGUUUACCAUCUUUUCUAGGACUUAAUACUGAAAACCCUUACGACUUCCUCGGUGAAUUCCUAGCAAUUUGUUCUACCAUUAAAUUGAGCGGGUUCACCGAGGAUGCUCUAAGGAUGCGUCUCUUUCCCUUCUCCCUCAAGGAAAGAGCCAAACAUUGGUUUCAUUCCUUAGCACCAAACUCCAUUACUUCUUGGGCUCAAUUGCAACAAGAAUUUCUGAAGAAGUAUUUUCCCAUAGGCAAAACCAAUGAUAUUAGGAGAGCUAUCACUAGUAUCUCCCAAUAUGAGGGAGAACAACUGUAUGAGACCUGGGAAAGACUCAAGGACCUACUUAGAUCAUGCCCACACCACGCUGUCUCGAAGUGGCAGCUAGUGCAAAGCUUCUAUGAAGGCUUGACUGAGCCUAAUAGACAAAUGGUAGAUGCAUCUUGUGGGGGAACAUUUAUGAUGAAAAGUGAGGACGAAGCAUGGACAUUAUUUGAAAACUUGAGUAAUAAUUCCAUUCAGCAUGCACCCACUAGACGUAGAGUGCAUGCACCUAAAGCACCAAAGACCGAAGGAAAGUUUUCUGAUGAUUCAACUGAGCAGGUCAAUGCAGCUUUUUCACAUCCGGGUAAUGAUCCAUACUCCAAUACUUAUAACCCAGGGUGGAGAAAUCAUCCCAAUUUCUCAUGGAAGGCUCAAGCUUCAAGUAACUCAGUCCCAGGGGUGCAUAAUCAAGCUCAAUCUAACAGUGGAAGAAGGGUCGACAAUCAAGUGCAAGAAAAGGUGAAUGAGCAAACUGAGAUCCCACAGAAUCUGCAGAAGGACAAGGGUAAGCAAGUAAACAUUGAGGCUUCUUCUUCAUCAGCUCCCACUCUUGAGAUACCAUAUGAGCCUCAGGUCCCAUUUUCGGAAUGUCUCAAGGCACCUUCUCACUUUGGGAAACAAGGAGAGAAAAUACAAGAUGUGAUGGAGGUCUUCAAACAGAGUGAGAUUGAUAAAGCAAUCCUAGAUCUAGGAGCUGGUGUGAAUUUACUUCCCUAUUCAGUUUAUCAGCAACUUGGCCUAGGGGAACUGAAGCCCACCACAGUGAUUCUACAGUUGGCUGAUCGGUCUAUUAAGAAACCAAGAGGGGUAAUAGAAGAUGUCAUCAUCAAAGUAGAUAAGUUUUUCUUCCCAAUGGACUUCAUCGUACUUGACACUGAGCCUGUUCCCAAUCCUGAGAAGCUGAUCCCGGUCAUCCUUGGGCGCCCUUUCUUAGCCACAGCUAAUGCAUGCAUCAACUGUCGUACAGGAGUCAUGGAGAUCUCCUUUGGUAAUAUGAAGAAUGAAGAUUCACUCCCCAGUAUUUUGGCAAGGGAUCCUUUGGAAGAUUGCCUAACUCACUUUGGCUCUGAAGACUUCAACACCAAUCAAUACAUUGAUAAAGUAAAUGCCUUGCUAGAGACAGCUACCAGUGCAUAUUUUCAUCCAUGGAGACUACCCAAGGAGCCCCUACCUCCAACUUCAAGCACUCCUCUCGUUCUUUCCCUUGAGUCUCCACCGAAGCUUGAAUUGAAGCCACUGCCAGACAAGCUCAAGUAUGCCUUCCUCGGCUCUAAUGAUACCUUGCCGAUCAUCAUUGCUUCAGAUCUACAAAAAGACCAAGAAGAUAGUUUAUUAGCAGUAUUGAAGAAGCAUAAAGAGGCUAUUGGAUGGACUGUAGCUGAUUUGAAGGGCAUUGACCCCUCCAUCUGUAUGCACCGGAUUCAUUUAGAGGAAGAUGCUCGACCGUCUCGUGAGGCACAGCUCCAGCUGAAUUCCAAUAUGAAAGAGGUAGUGAUGAAGGAGGUGGUCAAAUUACUCGAUGCAGGUAUCAUCUACCCUAUCUCCGAUAGCAAGUGGGUGAGCCCCACCCAAGUGGUUCCAAAGAAGUCUGGCAUCACAGUGGUAGAGAACUCAGCUGGCGAAUUGAUUCCCCAGCGCACAACCACGAGAUGGCGCAUCUGUAUUGACUACCGCAAGCUCAACUCCCAUACUCGGAAGGAUCACUUUCCACUCCCAUUCAUUGAUCAGAUCCUAGAGCGUCUUGCUGGCCAAAGCUACUACUGUUUCCUAGAUGGGUACUCUAGAUAUAAUCAAGUGGCAGUUGAUCCCCAAGACCAAGAGAAGAUGACCUUUAGUUGCCCCUUUGGCACCUUCGCUUAUAGGCGCAUGCCCUUUGGAUUAUGCAAUGCACCUGCCACUUUUCAGCGAUGCAUGAUAUCGAUCUUCUCAGACAUGGUAGAAAAAUUUCUGGAGGUAUUUAUGGAUGAUUUCUCUGUUUUUGGUUCCUCCUUUGAUACAUGUCUCCACAAUCUAUCACUUGUGCUUCAACGUUGCAAAGAAACAGAUCUGAUCUUAAGCUGGGAGAAGAGCCACUUGGUGCAAGAGGGAAUAGUUCUGGGCCAUAUAGUAUCUAAAAGAGGAAUUGAGGUGGAUCGUGCCAAAGUUGAGCUGAUUGAAAAUCUACCACCACCUACUUCAGUGAAGCAGAUUUGUUCCUUCCUCGGGCAUGCCGGCUUCUAUCGCCGCUUCAUCAAGGAUUUCAAUAAGAUUUCAAGACCCUUGUGUAAUUUACUUGCCAAGGAUACUACUUUCCACUUUGAUGAUGCAUGUCUAGAGGCAUUCCAUAAGCUCUGUUCUAUGCUAUCUUCUGCUCCCAUCAUGAAGCCUCCCGACUGGUCUUUGUCAUUUGAAAUCAUGUGUGAUGCAUCUGAUUAUGCUGUGGGUGCAGUCUUAGGACAACAUGAAGGAUCCAAGGUAAUCAUCUACUCAGAUCAUGCAGCUCUGUGCCAUUUGCUGGCCAAGAAAGAAACUAAGCCCCGGUUGAUUCAAUGGAUACUUCUUCUGCAAGAAUUCGACAUCGAAAUACGGGACAAGAAGGGAACUGAGAAUGUUGUCGCUGACCACCUGUCACGGAUUAUCUUUGAGAAACCUCAGCCUAUUCCAGUUAAUGAUUCCUUCCCGGAUGAGCAGUUAUUUGAGAUUACUUUGAGGGAGCCGCCUUGGUAUGCUUAUAUUGUUAACUAUUUAGCCACAAGUCGGAUCCCUUCUCAUUGGUCCAAACAAGACAAUGAUCGCUUCUUCAAGCAAGUCCGAUCUUAUUUUUGGGAAGAUCCAGAGUUAUUCAAGUAUUGUACUGAUCAAAUAAUUCGCCGUUGUGUUCCCGAGAGUGAAUUCCACAGUAUUCUUACAUUUUGCCAUUCACUAGCAUGUGGAGGACACUUUAGUGCCAAGAAAACUGCAGCCAAGGUUCUACAGAGCGGAUUCACAUGGCCUACCUUGUUCAAAGAUGCCUAUCGGUUUUGUCGGGCUUGUGAGAGGUGCCAACGCCUUGGAGCUAUGUCUCGGAGGGACAUGAUGCCACUAAGCCCUAUCCUAAUUGUUGAAAUCUUUGACAUUUGGGGUAUCGACUUCAUGGGACCCUUCCCGCCAUCUUUUGGGUUUGAGUAUAUUCUUGUAGGAGUGGAUUAUGUCUCUAAAUGGGUCGAGGCUGUGGCCACCAAGACUAAUGAUCACAAGGUUGUGACGUUGCUCCUUAAAUAUUUUGUCACACACAAAGUAGCCACUCCCUACCAUCCUCAAACUAGUGGCCAAGUGGAAGUUUCCAACAGGGAGAUUAAGCACAUUCUAGAGAAGACAGUUAGGCCAGAUCGCAAGGAUUGGUCCCUGCGCCUCCAUGAUGCACUGUGGGCCUAUCGCACAGCUUACAAGACACCAAUCAGUAUGUCUCCAUACCGGAUUGUUUAUGGCAAGGCAUGCCACCUUCCUGUGGAACUAGAGCACAAAGCUCUGUGGGCAAUCAAGCAGUUCAAUUUUGACAUGAAAGAAGCUGGCUCUCAUCAGAAACUUCAAUUGACAGAAUUGGAGGAGCUGUGCAAUGAUGCAUAUGAGAAUGCUCGCAUUCACAAGGAAAAGACAAAGGCAUUUCAUGACCGACAUAUUCUACCCAAGUCCUUUGUGCCAGAACAAAAGGUAUGGCUUUUCAAUUCCAAACUCCGGCUCUUUCCUGGGAAGCUUCGCUCCAGAUGGGAUGGCCCUUUCAUAGUCACGUCAGUGUCUCCACAUGGCGCCGUCAAAUUACAAGACCUAAAGGACGGCACUUUGUUCAAAGUCAACGGCCAAAGAUUGAAGCCCAACAUAGAGGGCGUUGCACAGAAUGAAGAUACUGCUUCCAUCCACUUGACGGAUCCCAUCUACUUGGACUAG